CCGGUUCAGUUUGGGCGGGAAGAACAGUCCUGGAAGGAUAAUAUAGAAUACGUUUCAUUUCGAAUGCUUAAUUUACAGAAAUAAGCUUCGAACGUAAGUUAUAUUUGGGAAACACCAUAAAAAUAAAUUUGAAGAAAUGGCACCGAAGAUAUUGAAAGAUUAUACGAAAGCCAAAGAACAAUUGAAAACGUUUUUGACAGAGUAUGUCGUAGUAAAUGAGGAAAGCGGUUCUAAAACGUUUAAGUAUAGAAAGCAACUCACCAAUAUUGCUCAUCGUGAGCAAAUAGCUCUGACAAUAGAUUUGGAUGAUAUAAAUGAAUUUGAUGAUGAAUUAGCAAUAUCUAUUGCAAAUAAUACUAGGAGAUACGUCAAUUUGCUUUUAGAACUGAUUCAAGAAAUGCUACCUGACUUUAAAGAAAGGCCUGUGCCACCAAAGGAUGCUUUGGAUGUGUACAUUGAACAUAGAUUGCUGAUGGAAAGCCGUAACAGGAACCUUGGAGAACAGCGUGAUCCGAGAAAUAAAUAUUGUCCAGAACUCAUGAGACGCUUUGAAGUGUAUUUCAAAGACUUUGACGCUGUUAAAGCGUAUUCAGUAAGAGAUAUAAAAGCUGAGAAAAUUGGAAAAUUAGUUACGGUGAGAGGUAUCGUGACAAAAUGUAGCGAUGUAAUGCCUCUGCUCGUUGUGGCUACCUAUACAUGCGAUCAAUGCGGUGCCGAAACAUUUCAGCCAGUUCAAUCUCUCAAAUAUAUGCCGUUGCGGCAAUGUCCUAGCGAAGAUUGUCGAAUAAACAAGUCUGGCGGCGUGUUAGACAUGCAAACGAGAGGAUCGAAAUUCGUGAAAUUUCAAGAAAUCAAAAUACAAGAACAUAGUGAUCAAGUACCAGUGGGUCAUAUACCACGAACAUUGACGAUAUACUGCAGGGGUGAAACGACAAGAAAAUGUUUACCCGGAGAUCAUAUACUUAUUACGGGUAUCUUCCUGCCGAUUAUGAAAUCAGGGUUUAUGGCUCGAGGGGGUGCUGCACUUCUCAACGAAACAUAUUUGGACGCACAUAAAAUCGUAUGCUUAACUAAUUCGCAAACUAUCGAAGAUACUAGUGCUGAAUUAACGCAGGAGGAAUUGGGUCUGUUGUCGGCGGAUGACUUUUACGACAGAUUAGCUCGUUCCAUCGCUCCUGAAAUCUAUGGGCUAGAAGACGUUAAAAAAGCACUAUUAUUGCUACUGGUCGGUGGCACAGAUAAGCAAAGAGAAGAUAUUAAGAUCAGAGGUAACAUUAAUAUUUGUUUAAUGGGCGAUCCCGGAGUUGCCAAGUCUCAGCUACUUUCGUUUAUAACAAGACUGGCUCCUCGAUCUCAGUACACGACUGGUAGAGGAUCAUCUGGUGUCGGGUUGACAGCCUCAGUUAUGAAAGACAAUUUAACCGGUCAGAUGAUGCUCGAGGGAGGAGCUUUGGUAUUAGCUGACGAAGGUGUUUGUUGCAUCGACGAAUUCGAUAAAAUGGCAGACGCGGAUCGAACCGCUAUUCAUGAGGUGAUGGAGCAGCAAACUAUAUCGAUUGCUAAAGCUGGAAUAACGACUCGCUUAAAUGCAAGAGUCUCGAUAUUAGCCGCGGCGAACCCUGCUUACGGCAGAUACAACCCAAAGAGGACGAUCGAGCAAAAUAUUCAGUUGCCUGCUGCUCUAUUAUCGCGGUUUGAUUUACUAUGGCUAAUUCAAGAUCGAGCGGAUCGUAGCCAUGACUUAAAAAUGGCACAACAUAUUACGUACGUUCAUCAACAUUGUAUACAGCCACCCACGGAAUCCGAAGUUUUGGAUAUGAAUUUAAUUAGAAGGUAUAUUACUAUAUGCAAAACGAAGAAUCCUACGAUACCAGAGGAAUUGACUGAUUACAUAGUCGAAUCUUAUGUGGAAAUGAGAAGAGUGGCUCGUAAUAGCCAUGACAAAACGUUUACAUCUGCUCGUAAUCUUCUAGCAUUGUUACGUUUGUCAACUGCAUUAGCACGUUUACGAUUAUCGGAUGUCGUGGAUAAAGAAGACGUUGCCGAAGCGAACAGGUUGAUAGAGAUGUCGAAGCAUUCGAUCAAUUAUUCUGAAACGUUAGCGCCGAAUGUUCACCAAGAUCCGAUAAGCCGAGUUUUCCGACUCAUUAGGGAAUUGGCGGGCGAUAGGAAAACUGUUAAAGUUUCAGAUAUAUUGGAACGAUGCACUACUAAAGGCUUUAAACCUGAUGAAGUUAAUGAUUGCAUCGAAGAAUACGAGGCAUUGAAUGUGUGGCAAGUGAAUCAAACAAGAACGCAAAUCACGUUCAUAUAAAGUUUCGAAUGGAUCCAACGUAACUGCUUGUUUUCAGUCCCUCAUGUGUUAGAGGGUAUUUUUAUAUGUUUUUUACUAAUUACAAAAUAAAGAAUGCAUUUUAUCAAA